GCAAAUACACGUCUGGCGUGAUCGACGCGGCGUAUAAAUAGCCUGCUUUAUUAUGUAGGCUUUACCGGGUACGAUCACUACGCAGAUAUACGGAACACAUGGGUCUGACGUCAUUUAAUCAAUAGCUUCAUUGAAUAAACCCGGAGGAGAAACCAGAUACACUUUGUACCAGAGGACAGCUUACAUGUUAUAGACACUAAAUAGACCAAUACAGUACGUAUGUAGUGAAGGGAAGGUAGUCAUCAAGAUGGGUAACAGUGGUAUCACACUGUUUUUACUGACUGUGAUCCUGCAAUUCCGAGAAUACCUGUCGGGGAGCACUUGUUACGAACUAGAGUACAACUACUUCACCAGCAGUUACUCCUACACUUACUAUGGCUACUGUUCAUUCGGUUGCUGUGGUUAUACUUACAUCCGCUACUGUUGUAUCUCGUCUUACUAUGCCUACGAGUACACCGCGGCGUCAUUGUCGAUUGGUGUUAUUGUUGGUGCCAUCAUUGGGGGUCUUGUCUUCCUCGGAGUGAUGAUAGCUGUCGUGAUCUGUUGUAUUUGCAAAUGUACUGAGAAAUCCAGAGGACAGCGAGGAGCGGUGGUAGCCCCAGCAACAACAGGGGGCCCGGGGGUUGCCAUAGUGAACAGCCAUGUGAACAUGCCCAUGCAGCCCCAACCGUACUAUCAGAUGCAGAGUCAGCCUAUCCCAACAGUUCAACCCCCACCGUACAACAACGUCGGAGGCCCUCAGUACACACCCGCUGCUUAUCCGCCGCCGCCCCCGGCCUACCCUCCUCCAGCUUACCCCCCAACGGCACCAACACAGCAACCCGAUCAAACAUCCUCGCCUUUUGCGCUACAAAGUAACAUCCAAUCCACUGUUAACAGCGCCCCACCGGCAGCAACGCAACACUAAAGAACCGGUACGUUCGGAACCGUUCUGGCAUGUCUAUUUGAAACCUCCCAGGAUUGCAAUCUCCCAGUUUACAAACUGCAGUAAAAGUAAAAAUAUGAGUAGAAACACGACGCAUGUUCCAGAAAGCUUUAUUUUUUCAAAUUUUGGUUACAAAUGAUAUGUAUUCUUAAACUUAUAUUUCAAGUAUCAAACAAUAUCUGUACAUGCGUUGAUAUGUAAUGGCCGAUAGCGGCAGGACACUUCUGAUCAUGGUUAUGUUCAAAAGUAUACCUUGGGACAUUUACGAGAAUGACGCUGUUGAUAUGUAAUGGCCGAUAGCGGCAGGACACUUCUGAUCAUGGUUAUGUUCAAAAGUAUACCUUGGGACAUUUACGAGAAUGACGCUGUUGAUUACUUCUAUAAUAAAAGUUGACUAUAGGCUCUAGGGAUCGAUUUUAUAAUCAAAAUAGAAACCACUGUAUACCUGUACUUAUAUUUUUUGUACUUUAGGAUAUAGAAGUGAUAGAAAAUGUUACUCAGAGAUAAAAUGUCAAUCUCGUAAAAGUGAACCAUGGUACACUUUAGAAUAAUUAAACGUGCCCUAUGUAAAAUGUGCGCCAUAAAAGCAAUACCAUUUACAUAAUUUAUUCACCACUUUUAACGCCGUUACGGCGAUAAUAUAGUUUUCACGAUUGUAUUAUGAAAGGAGGAGAAAUCUAGCAUGUAAUUUUAGAAAUGUUCUAUCAAUUGUACCAUGACUUACAAGUAGUUGUUACAAUGCAUUUAGAUUUGGUAAAGUGUGAUUAUAGAGAUGUUAGAUUCCCCAGUGUGUUAAUAUAUCAAAUGUAUAUAUAUAUUUAUCAUUAUGUUUUCCCUUCAAUGAUGUUCUUUCCGGUAUUGGUGGUAAACAAUCAAUAGCUAUCUAAGGUCGAUGGAAUGUGUAUCUUUUUAUACAAAAUUUGGGGUUUUAGCUGAUAUUAUACUCUUAAUUUGGCCCGUGGAAUAUUUUUGGAAAAAAUAUUAAACAAGCUUUCAUAAAUAUCUAACUGUAUCUAAGGUAAGUUUUUACACAUAUUUGAUGAUUUUAAUAACGUUUAAACAUCAAAUAUUUUUUAGUAAGAAUGAUAAUUGUCUGCAUGGCUGACAAUAAUGUUGCGGAGCUAUGAAAUAUCUGCACAAUAUAUUAAUUUAUCUGAGUUAAAUCAAAAGCAGUACACAUACAUGUAUAUAAAGAAUAAUAUACAGUUGUCACAUUUAAAAAAAUAACCACUUGUAAUUUAGCAUUCUCAGCAGUUUUGCCAGAAUAACCCAUUGCAUACAGACCUUACGUACGUUGUUUUGUAACAAUCUGCUUGAAAUCAUACAAAGUUCACUUCCAGCUUUACUAAGAGAUUGUCACUGGGGAAGAUCUCAAAACUAGAAAAAAACAACCACUUUUAAACAUCUCAAUUGAAAGCUUUUUAACUUGCACUGUCAGCUUUAAGCACAAUUUGAUAAAGAAAUGUAUGCAAAACCUUUGCUCUAUACAUUUUGUUGUUGUAAAUAUAUAUGAUUGAUACUUUGCACAUCGUCCUAAAGAAAGGUCUGUAUUGGAACUGUUAAUUAAAUGUACCAAUGGGAUAAAAUUUGGACGAGAAGACCGUGACACUUCAGCUUUUUUGGAUAAAUAUUUAUAGAUGUUCAGUCACUUUUGCUUAGUUUUUCCUUCAUACUAACUCAUUCAUAUGAGACUAUUCCGUCUUUGCGUAUUGCAGAGUUAUCUUCUCUUGUGAACAUAUUUUAUGACUUAAACCCCCUUCCUCCAUCCUUCUUUUCCCUUGCGUAUUACUAUUUUCCAUUACUUAUCACUAUAACAUUGUGCAUGGCUAAGUACACAGUUACAUUUCGUGAGGUGGGGAUUUCACGUUACUCCUUGAAUUCAGUCAACACUAGAUCACUAAAAACAAAAAGAUAUGUUCGAGAAAGUAAAUAUAUAUAUAU